CUUUCAAAUGAAUUAUAAACGUUCCGCGUUCCGACGCAGCGCUGGGUCUCGUGGAUUUAGGACACCAAAUAUGGUUCCCGGUGGCAAUUUUCCACAGUUUGGAGUUCCAAUUCCACAAUUCCGAACAAUAUACGACUAUACGCUUGACAAAGGCAAUUUAGAAGGCACAAAGAAUACAUCUGAUGCGGUUUUUGAGAAGGAAAUACUGGAUCGCGCUGCAAAUCUUACUCCAUCCGUCGAAAUUCGGAAAAGAAUCAAUGAGUACGCGAAAAAGGUUAUAGUCGCUUUGGAAAAAGAAAAAAGAGAAAAGACGCUCGUUGAUAUUGGAAUAGCGACUAUCAGUCAUGUUGGAUCGUUUGUCACGGAUACGACAACUCAUUCCAGUGACAAAAGUGAUGUAGUUGUUCAGCUGAGUACAUUACCAUCAUAUGAAACAGUAGCGGAGCUCGGUAGAAAAGUAGUCGAAAACAUGAAAAUUGCCGAUCCAAAAGAAACAGGAGAACCAUUACAAAUGGAAUAUGGAUGUUUAAUCACUUCUCAUAACUGUCAGGUCAGACUUCUAAUCACGAUUAUUCCUGAAGAAUCAACGAAAUUGGAACCGCUGUUACAUUUGGACAGCAAGCAAAUGAUGAUCAACUUCUUCUCCACUCGCCACAUCACCUGGUUCUCCCAAAUUUCCAGCGAGUUGCCACCAGCUUUCAUUCAAGAAUGGCAAGCACUUGUUCGAGUUUUAAAGGAUACCCGUUCAAGAUACAGCGACUUCCAGCCUCUUUCUAUUUGGACAAUCCAGUACCUUGCAUUCUAUUGCCUUGCAAACGGACCAAAUCGCCAGAAAGCCUGUUUGGGGACUGCUUUCCGGCGAUUCUUUGAAAUCAUUGCUGCUGGUAUCUUUCUUCCAAAAUCACCGUGUCUGAUUGAUCCAGUAUCAGCCAACUAUCGCAUUGGAUUCGACUUGACGCUUCCUCAAAUGGAUACAGUUUGCAUGGGAGCUCAAACUCUUGUCAGAAUCUUUGCCACUGGAAACGACGGUUAUCGUGCGAUUCUUGGAACCCAUGGAACUGCAGCCGACCUGACACAAACCAUCUCAACGUGGAAAGGAAUCGAAAUUCGUCCGAGCAUCGAUGCCUACCGGGACGGAUGUAUGACCAGAUUCCCUGCAAGAGCUGAAAUUCCUACAGUUUAAAUUUUACCCGAGGGAGUAAUAACUAAUUUUAAUUAGUUUCAUUAAAAUAACUUAAUUAAGAAAGCCCUUAAGAUCUCUUCCAUCCAGCUUCUUUGUUUCUAAAACUUUUAAUGUGAAGUUUUCAAUCUGAAAAAAUAAAUAAAAAAUAUCAUUUCCGACAAAUGAAUUUGCUUUUAAUUGAUC